UUCUAUAGGCCUUAUCUGCCUCUAUACGACGCAAUAGUCUUAAUACGUGCUAAAAGUUUAGGCUUCUGCUUUGUGUAAGGCAAAGGUCGAACGAAUAGCCUACCUUAAAUGAAAACAGCUGUGGCAUUUCAGGGGAAAACACCUUAAAUGCCACGAUAGUCUAGGUCUAUUCGAUAGUCACACUGGAAUAACCUGUUUCAGUAAUUUUUCUUAGCUACAAUUGAGACACGUUCCGAUGUAGCCAGUAGCCUACACCUGCCCAACAUUCCGUUUAUCAAUCGUUUGUUUGUUUGUUUGCUUGCUUGCAAUAUGGCUAUUUUGGAGGGACUUUUGGUGCCCUGCACAUUAGCUUUACUUUGUGUUGUGGUGUUCGCCUGUCUUGAGUUUUUCGCUUCUGACACUCAAAGGAAGGGAAAGGAACCUCCUGGUCCCAGGCCCGUCCCCGUCUUGGGAAACCUGCUGCAGUUGAACCUCAAUAGGCUCUACGAGGGACUUUAUGAGCUAUCCAAAAAACAUGGAUCUGUUUUUACCUUUCAUUUUGGCCCCAAGAAAGUGGUAGUCUUGGCAGGAUACAAAACUGUCAAAGAAGCCCUUGUAACCCAUGCAGAGGAGUUUGGGAAUAGAGACAUUGUGCCCAUCUUCCAUGAUUUCAACAAAGGACAUGCAGGGAUAUUAUUUUCCAAUGGAGAAACAUGGAGAGACAUGAGACGAUUUGCGCUCAGUACAUUACGGGAUUUCGGAAUGGGCAAGAGAGUCAUUGAGGAGAAAAUCAAAGACGAGACUCAAUACCUUACAGAAGUGUUUCAACAUUUUAAUGGUGCUGCAUUUGAUACCUCCCAGCCAGUGAAUUAUGCCGUCUCCAACAUCAUCUCUGCCAUUGUGUAUGGAAACCGCUUUGAUUAUGCAGACCCUCAGUUUAAGGUCCGUGUCAACAGGGCCAACGAAAGUGUUGCAAUCACCGGCUAUGCAUCAAUACAGGUUUAUAACAUCUUUCCUUGGCUGCGUCCCUUUCUCUGGAGCUGGAGACGUCUGAUGAAGAAUGUGCAUGAUGAUUUUGAGGAGAUUAGAGGCCUGGCCAGGAGACGGCAAGAGAGUUUGAACCCUCAAGACUGCCAGGGCUUCAUUGACUCCUUCCUGAUCCGGAAAGAGAGCGCUGAGGCAGUGGGCAACAAGGACUCCCUUUUCCAUGAGGACAACCUGGUGUACUGUGUUGCUAACCUGUUUGCGGCCGGCACAGACACCACAGGGACUACGCUGCGCUGGGGGCUUCUGCUUAUGGCCAAAUACCCUCAAAUCCAAGACCGAGUGCAGGGGGAGAUUGACCGGGUAAUUGGUGGGCGACAGCCUGUGGCUGAGGACAGGAGGAGCCUCCCUUACACCAACGCCGUGAUCCACGAGACCCAGAGAGUCGCCAACAUCGUGCCCAUGAGUAUACCCCACUCCACCAGCUGUGACGUCCACUUCCAGGGCUAUUUCAUCAAGAAGGGCACACCUGUUAUUCCUCUGCUCACAUCAGUGUUGAGGGAUGAAGCUGAAUGGGAGAAACCCUCUUCAUUUCACCCAGAGCAUUUCCUGGAUGACAAGGGGCAGUUUGUCAAAAGAGAUGCCUUCUUGCCUUUCUCAGCAGGGCGUAGGGUGUGUCUGGGCGAGAGUCUGGCCAAGAUGGAGCUCUUCCUCUUCUUCACCACUCUUCUGCAGCACUUUCGCUUCACGCCGCCCCCUGGAGUUUCGGAGGACGAGUUGGACCUGACGCCCACGGUGGGAUUCACCCUCACCCCCUCCCCCCACAAGCUAUGUGCAGUUUCAAGGCGCCAUAUUUAUAACAACGCAGGAGACUCCAGUUGAAGUGAUAAAUUGAAGAGACUGAAGUCUAUGGACAUUGAAGAUUUUGCAACUGUUUUAUGCUAAUUAGCUGUAUACAAUGACUUUUUACUUUUAUACUUUCUUACUGUACUAUUUUGAAGCAAAGAUGUGUUGUAAAAUGUUAUUGCAAAUAUAUUAUGUUUAAAAUAAAAAUUGGUUCUCAGGUU